CCGAUUACGCCAAAAGGUGCAAGACAAAAGUUUAUAUACACAAGACGCAGUCGCACACAUUUUAUGGGUUCAUUGGUAAGUCGAAGUGUUCCAGCAAACAUGAGCGGUCCAGUUGCGGAAUUUGUGAAAAGUGCUAUUGCUAAGGAUAAGGUGGUCAUCUUUUCCAAGACCUACUGCCCGUACUGUACCAUGGCUAAAGAGCCCUUCAAGAAGCUGAAUCAGGAUUACGCUUGCUACGAGCUUGACAAGCGAAACGAUGGUGACGAGAUACAAUCCGUACUGGGCGAGAUGACUGGCGCGAGGACGGUUCCACGGGUGUUUAUCGACGGUAACUUUGUCGGAGGCGGCACCGAUAUCAAGAAGAUGUACGAUGAUGGUCGGUUACAAAAAUUGUUGGCCUAA